AUGCCAGAAUGUCUUUUCGAUCGCCGACACACGCCAAAGAAGCCAAAGCGGUACCUUGUCUGGUGGCAGGAACCGGAGAUGGCCAGUCGUCGAGAUUAUCGCAGCCAACCUCUAUUCUGGCCCGGACCAAAGCGAGCUGAUACUCGAUUUGCCCAUCCAUUCGAGGAGGAUGACACUUUGUGGACAUGCCAUGAAUAUGGAUCCCACCGACUGCCCCCUCCCCCUCCCACAGCAGCUAAAAAAGACCCCGAUUUUGAAGCGAACUGCGGCCUGCUUUACGACUGGCUGGGAUGCUGUCCCAUCUGCCGAGGGCGGAAGCAAGUUGGUGAUUGGAUGGGCGAUAUCGCUCUGAAAGCUGGUUGCAGCGGCGACUGGAGGGUCGGUGGCCAGACUUUGCCCCGACCCCGUGCCAAGGGGGGGGGAGGUGCAAGAAUCUGGGGCCAGCCGAACUCGCCCUCGGAAGCAGGCGAGAUUCAAUGUUCACUCACACAAUGCCCCAGACACCGGCUGGAGACGACGAGAAGUUGCGCUACCCGAACCCACCGGGACUGUGAGCCAAGUCGUCCGUCGGCAGGAGCCUCUGAGCCCUGCCCUGCCGCAAUACGGCUUGAGCCUCAUUGA